AGUACGUUUACACUGAAAUAACUUCAGACGCAGGCAGGUGGUUACAUGAAGGUUAAUGACGGAGCCUCUGAUAGCCUUUUACUUUAUCCAAGGAUAUUUCUCGUAACCCAGACAAAGGAAUUGAUAGAGUUGGAGCUUCUUUUUUUUGCAAUUCUUGGUUGAGAGCACAUGUUAUGGAAGGAGGGGCCUUGAUCUAAAGGAGACCAAGCCAGGCAGCCCGAAAUAACCCAAACCUUCAUUGUCUUUUUGGAGUGAAUCUUCUCUUCUUAGCUUGUUGAAAUGCCUUGACCGUCACCCCGCCGUACCAUGGCAGGUUUAGUCUCCUCUGUGGGUUUGGUAGUGAUGCUCAAGGCUCUUAAGCAUGCCCAUGGCCAGCGUGCAUUGAUUCUGGGGAUGACGGUGUUAGUAACAGUGAUUGCAGCUGACUCACCUGUUGCAGAAGAGUCUCUGUUGGACUCCACACAACACCCUAUGGGAUUUCUUGGGCAUGUUCCAAGUUCAACAGGGUUCAAACCAUUAGCCUUACCAGCCUCACAUUAUACUGCCUUUGAGAGCCCAGACUCACCUGGUGCCCUGCCAUCCAUUCCUGAACCGAACCAUGAAGUUAGGAUUGGAGGCAUCUCAAAUUUCCAGUGGGGACGUGUUGCUUCUAAAAACUCCAAAUCCUUCACAGCAAGUGACCUCCUUGCAGAAGAACCACACCCACUUUCAACUCCAUCAUUAAGCCCCUCUGAACAUGCAUUGGAGUCUCGUCCACAAUUUGAGGCACCAGCUAAACUCUCCACGGACUGGAAGUUGGCCAGCACAAAGUCUGCCAAGCAAUCUUCCUCUCUCUCUCCAACUCCUACACAAUCCCAGUUGCAGCCUCAGUCGAAUAUAUCCACAGCAUCAUUAAGCCCCUCUGCUUUUACAAGGUCAACAACACCUCAGCUAGAUCUUAAUUCUGAGCAGAAAGCAACUUUCAGCAAUCAGCAGAAUGGUGCAUCAGAGCAAACACUGUCAAUCAUGACCUCAUUUCCUACUCAGCCUCUUGAGGCCCCUAAACUGUCUUUUACUGACUCUGCGGCAGAUGAUAGUACAAUCCUGGACGUGAACCAGCUGAGCCCCAGCAGUGUCCCCAUGGGGGAGCCAGCACGUGACAUUAACAUGCUACCCAACCCAGAUGAGAUUCUGGCCCCUGGCUACAAUGUGCCUUUCAUUGCCCCGCACCCUACAUCACCUUCAUCUGAACCCACUGAGGUCUCUCCAGAGGACUUCUAUCCAACCAACACCAUGGAGUUUGACUGGGGGUCUGGGGACUACUUGGAGACAAUGUCAUUUUUAAAUGCAGACGGAGAGGAGUACUCUCUGGUCACCAAGGUGCCCUCUGACUCGUAUGAUCUGGAGGACUAUACAGAAAGCUAUGACACAUCCUUCCCUUCCAGAGUCGGCAUAUUCCCUUCGUCCUUGAAUCCACUUCAUGUCUCACCUUCUCCCAGCCUCACGAUGGCGUACAACACCAUUACCCCACUUAAAUCCCUUCAUUCUUCCUCUUUGUCCUCUACAAUUCACUAUACGCUGGACCCUACUCCCACAGCUAACAGUGAUAUACCCGACGCAUCGGACAUAGAUUGGCCCGAUACUUUCACCAUUCAACCGACAGAUGUCCUCUUACCUGACAUGAACAGCUUGGAGUACUACACCACUCAGUUGACCAAGGAGAACAACAGUUCAGACACUGGAGCAGAACACAGAGAGAACGUUACCGUGUUGUCCAUCAGUGGUACAGACAUCACACCCACAAGCAGCGUCACCAAUGAUACCAAAUUUAGUGAGGAUGAGUCCUCCAGUGAUCUGUCAGGGUUUGAGCCUCAAGAAGAGCUAACCCCAGUAUUAACCACAGAGGGGACUCCUCAGCUGGUCAAUGCCUCUGAGCCUUUUCUGGAUCCUUCUAUAGCCCCAAGCCACUUUUUUGAUCCCUCUUCUUCUGUCUGGGGAGGCCAGUUGUCCACCACCGAUUGGUCUGGACAUACUCUAACUGUUGGCCUAACUGAAGCUAUGCUACCCAGUGCAACACUUUUGCUGCCAGAUGAUGUAAUGUCUCCCUCCUCUCUGACAGAUGUCCAUUGGUUUGUUACAGAGUCAUUCCCAUCGAGUACUAUACACACCACUUCAGUCUUAACUGCAACUAUAGCCUUCUCCCCAGUUCCCACUGAACCUGCUGCCAACACCUCAAUGGAUACAACAGAAUUAAAUCCCCAAGACUCUCCUUAUACAACCACACAAUCUCUCAAUAUCACUUUAAUUUCAACUGAACCCACAUCUAAUGUCACUGUGGUCCCUCCAGUUGUGUUGGGUGAUGAGGGGGUGACUGAAAACGGAGUUGACAUCGCAGCCACAAUGACCUUGAUCCCAACUAGCAGUGAAGCUAAUACAGUCUCUGCUGAACCUACAACCCCAACUGCCACUAUUACUUCUCAUCAAGCCACAACUAGAACUACUGCCACCAAUGAAGCCUCAACUAAUGUCAACGUCAUCUCUGCCACUAGCGGAAAGACCACAACUACAGCACCAACAUCAAGACAGUACCUCUGCAACCAUGACAGGCCUGCUUAUUUAGUAAAAAUUGGUUUUCCUUCCGGGGCCACUGUUGGAUAUGCUAAAUCUCAAGUGAGAGACAUACUGAAAGGGGAAUUCAACAAGUCUGUGGAGCUGCAGGUUGUGGACCCCCCACCAAAGUUUGUGUUUCGAGUGGUGUCUGGUCCAGUUGUGUACACAGCCAUAUCUGUCAUCAAUGCUUUGCGAAGGUCUGGGCGUCGCUUCCUGUCUGUGUCUCCCAACUGGACAACACCAGACAAUAAAUAUCAAGUCCACACAGUGCUGCAGUUUGUUCCCAGUCACACAGAUGUGCGGUUCUGCAACUUCAGUGAGAGCAUUGAGAAAGGUUUGACCAUGGCCUUUGCCGAAGUGCGUCGGCGUUCAAAGGAGUCAACCAACUUUACAGUGCAUAUCGUAAACAUCACAAUGGCUGCUCCGAAAAAUCAGGAACAACGGCUAGUGAGGCAGCCGGUGGACAUGACUUUCACUGUGCGUGGUUCAAGGGGUUACCUGAUGGGGUCAGAGGUCAGCAAUGCUCUGAUGAAGCUCACAAUGGUGGAGUUCAGCUAUUACAUGGGUUUUCCUGUACUGCAGAUUGCUGAGCCUUUCCAUUAUCCAGAGUUGAACACCAGCCAGUUGCUUCGCUCCUCCUGGGUUAGAACAGUGCUAAUGGGUGUGCUGGACCAGAAAGUGGGUGAAAGGACCUUUCAAGCCAACAUGGAGCGCCGGGUGGCCAUGUUACUCGGGGAGGCAACGGGAUUAAUCAGACGUGUUAGGAGAGCCACCCUGAUAGGCAACAGCAGUGUCCAGGUUGUUAGUGCGAGCCGGCUGGUGGGUGCGGACCAUCCCUUGGAGAUAGUGUAUUUUGUGGAGGGUCCCAGUGGUCAGAGGACGCCUGCAGCUCAAACGGCCAACCUACUCAACAGCCUGGACGUUCAAAGGGCUGCCAUCGUCUUGGGAUAUCGUGUCCAGGGCAUUUUGGCACAGCCUGUAGAGAAGGUGGCGUCCUUACCCUCUGACGCUGAGAACACCAACACGUGGAUCGUCAUUGGGGUUGUGAUUCCCCUCCUUGUGGUCGUCGUCAUCAUUUCCAUCCUGUACUGGAAACUGUGUAGGACAGACAAGCUGGAGUUCCAGUCCGACGCCAUGACCUCCAUCCAGCAGAGACAGAAGUUGCAGGCUCCCAGUGUGAAAGGCUUCGACUUUGCCAAGCUGCACCUUGGCCAGCACAGUAAGGAUGAUGUCAUGGUGAUCCAGGAGGCUGGCCCGCCUGGGCCUGGCCUCGGGCCCCUCCCCCUUUCCCUUAAAGAUGGCCUCAGUCCAUCUGAGAACGGGGAGAUCCCCACACCCUUAUCCAAAACCUCCACCAAGGCAUCCCGCAGCGGUCGAAGGCGAGGAAGGAUCUCGCCGUCUGACGGGGACUCUGUGGUAAGUGACCAUUCCAGUGAGCGGGAAUCAACUGAGGAGAACCUGAGAGCCCACGCCACGCCCAGCGACAGCAAGCAGACCCGCAAGAAUAGAAUUGGUCCUCCUCCUAUGAAUGGUACAAACGAGCAGCUGUCUUCAGCCUCCAUCUUUGAACAUGUUGAUCGGAUGUCUCGUGCCACAGAUGCAAGCAGGAGACUUCCCAACAAAAUCCAGCUUAUCGCCAUGCAGCCCAUGCCUAUCCCACCUCUGCAGAGCCCACCCUUCAAUGGCAAACUGUCUGACAGCAACCAAAUCACCAAAGAGAUCCAGGUAGCAUUGAGGCACAAGUCAGAGAUUGAGCACCAUCGUAACAAGAUACGUCUGCGUGCCAAGAGGAAGGGCCACUACGACUUCCCCACCAUGGAUGACUCGACGAAUGGCCUUGGAGAUGCAAAGGACCAGGAUCGCAUCUAUCAGAAAGCGCAGACACAGAUCGAUAAGAUCCUGGACCCGGAUGCCCAGACGCCCUCCUUCUUCAUGGAAUCCAAGAAAAGUGGUCGAGGUAGGCGCUCCCCCAAACAGAGGAUGAAGGAGCAGCUCAUUGGAGGAAUGAUGGAGGCAGACAAAGAUCACCUCAUCACUGAAGACAGUGAUGCAGUUUACAGAAAGUGUCCUGGAGUCAACAAUGUGGCCUACGUGUCGGACCCUGACCAAGGCCCAGGAUCCCCUCACAGUAGCCUCUCCCCCACCGAUGACGUCUUCCUAGGUCCCGCUUCCUCUCCGCCAGGCCAUGCCCCUCCCCCACCCCCCUACAUGCCUCCACAGCCCUCCAUUGAGGAGGCGCGGCAGCAGAUGCACUCCCUGCUGGACGAUGCUUUUGCCCUAGUGUCUCCCACCUCUCAGGGCAGCACGUCAGGGAUCACUCUCCCAGGGGUCAACACCAACCCCCCUCUCUCCAGCCCUCCAGGUCGCGGCCCCAGACCUUGGGGUCCCUCCUACCAAGCUCUUGGCCCUUUCCCUGGUAGGUUCACUGAGCUGAGCAUGUCCCCUCCUCCCAUCCAAGGCCUGAUACCAAGGCCGGGCCUUGGCUCUUGCUACCUGCCACCAGGAGAAACAGCCGGGCAAUGUGAGCAGCUGCAGCCAGACAGCCUGUACUCCAGCAGGGGCCUCUACGCUGAUGAGCUGCCCUCAUCUGCCAGACCGCGGCCAGUAGGGGGAACUACAGGUGCCCAGCUCCAUCAUCUUACACAGGUGGGCUUGUCCAGCCGGAUGAAUGGUUACCCAGCAGGCAUCAGGGCGCCUCCAGGUCAAAACGGAGGCCUUGGCUGGAACCACUACCAUGGUGACAAUUUCUCCAGGGCGGAGCCUGAAAAAGAUGCAUUCCUGGACUGUCCUGACUACACGUCCUGCUCUAUCUUCCAGACGCCCAGAAGUGGUAUCAGGGAGCCUUUGGCACCCCCUGUCCACCUAGACACCUUGGGGAUGGGCUAUCUGUCAGCCCCACCUCCCCAGGAUACAUCUCCUCCUACCCACUCCUCCGCCUCCCUGAUCAAGGCCAUCAGAGAGGAGCUGAUGCGUCUCUCCCAGAAACAGGCAGCUGUGCCCAGCUACCACAGCUGAAGCCCCGGCCUCCAUUCUGUAGCUCCAAACCAGUCAUGCCACUGACCCCGCCUGCCUGCUCCGCCUAAUCUGACAAUACUUCCCAUGGAAGUCCCCGAGGGUGUACAGCAGAGAGAUAGUCCUGCUAAACUGAAGUGAAGAAGUGGCUAGUAGAGAUUUCUAACUGAAGAACUGAAUGACAGGAUUGUUGAUACAGCUGCUAGACUAUUCACAAGAGGACAGAAUCGACUGCAGUAUGUCAAAUCAGAGACAGUGUUAUGAAAUGAAGAACAAUAUGAACAGUAUCCUGGACCUUUAAGACGAGAGGACGUGACGUGUGUGUCCUGCACUUCAUUGUGGAUCAGGAUUGAAUGAUCAUGCCGAGCCCUGCCCACUGUGGAUCCAUAUCCUGGACCUAUUUGAGAUUUUGCUGCAUUUCUUCAGACUCAGUAUUCUGUUGUCAUGGUUUCAUUCUCAUGCUGCCUUCACUAAACAGGAAUACCCCAUAAGACAGUGGUUCCCAACCUUUUUCCUUAAGGGACCUCUUUUCUAUUAAUGAGUAAACUGACGACCCCUGACUUAGUGACAUAUUUUAUGGAUAUUUCAUAUUAUAUUAUUCAGUAGCAGUACAUCUAAUAAACUGUACAAUUAACCCAGAUAGUGAAGUUUGUGUAAAAAGAAAAAAGGCUAAUUGGAUGAAAUGUGAGCCGUAUUUCCUGUGAAUAUUGCAGCAGAGAUGAGUUUUCCUGUUAUUUUAGGAACUUUUUAUAACAAUUCUCUGUAUUAUGUAUUCAUAACAAUCAUACAUACCUAAUAGGCUUCCUUUUUUUUACAAAUUCAGUAUUUUCUUCUCCCUGAAGCUUGGCCAUAGUUCUAUUAGCUCUUUGGUGGUUUUAACUGCGCACGAGGCUGCAGAGAGGAAAGGCUCUGUGAAUACAGCCGCUUGUGUUCUGGUCUUAAGUUUGUAUUUUAAAUAAUAAUCAAAACUUAAACAAUAACGAUUUCAUUUAGAUUUCGUCACAGAAAUUAAUGAAAUGCUGAGAAAUGUGAUGUAAUUAUAAUUUGUUUAAAAGUUUGAAGCCCCUUUUUAAAAUCAAGUCUCGUGACCCCUCGUGAAGGUUUGGUGACCCCCUAGUGGGAGUCGGGACCCCCAGAUUGGGAAGAGACAAUGUCAUUUUAAGGAAAUAUCUUUCCUUUUUUUUUACAUUUCUUAAACUACCAUACAGGUAUUUUGUUGUCCUCCGAUGCAGGCCCUUCACCUCUUUAUCACCGUUGGAUGCUACUUCAUGUUUUCUGCCAUGAUGAGCCAUUCUAUGCCUUGACACUGUGAUGUAGUUCACCUGACCCAAUCUACUGUACCAGCCUACAGUAAGGUCAAAGUUCACAGCCAGUUCAGACAGUAGACACAAAGGGGCGUCCACAGAGACUCAUUAACACUACCUAGUCUUUCUGUACUUACCGCAGUAGCACAGAGUUAGUCUGAAUAGAUAUUUUUUGACUUACAGUACAUUACUAGUUUUUUGUGGACUUGCAUUCAUGUACCCUGUUUUUAUUUGUGUUUAGUAG